AUGCCGAGCUAUGUGAAAUUCUUCAAGGACAUACUUGCCAACAAGAGGAAGAUCGGGGAGAAUGAAACUGUUGCGUUAACAUAUGAAUGUAGUGCGCUGUUACAACAUUCCCUCCAAAAUGAAGGAUCCCGGGAGUUUCACACUGCCUUGCUUGAUAGGGGAAAAGAAGUUGGGAAUGCGCUGUGUGAUUUGGGGGCAAGUAUAAAUCUUAUGCCCUUGUCAAUCUUCAAAAAGUUAAAUAUCGGCAAAGCAAGACCUACCACGGUUACGUUGCAGUUGGCUGAUAGGUCAAUAACGCAUCCCGAGGGCAAAAUAGAGGAUGUACUUGUGCAAGUAGAUAAAUUUAUCUUCCCUGCUGACUUUAUCAUAUUAGAUUAUGAAGCUGACAGAGAGGUGCCUAUCAUCUUGGGUCGCCCAUUUCUUGCAAUAGGGCGAGCACUGAUCAACGUAUAG